AUGCUCCUGCCGUGGGUCGCUGGGCCGCUGUCCCCUGCACUCCUCAUAGCAGUUCUCGCCUCGCGCAACAGGACGAGCCUGGGGCCACCACGCCUUUUUCUUCAGAUGAGCAGCGACUGCGAAUUCACCCCCGCGCGGAGUUUUGGGGCACUCGAGGGAAAAAAGAAGCACGGCGUCGCGCCCUGGCUUGUACAACAGUGGCGACCAGUGUUCCCGCCAUUGCGGUUUACUGCCUCCCCUCACGUAGCGGCCAUGCCCUCGAGCCUGCCUGUCUCCUAUCUGUCGGUCUCGUGCGAAAGCACGGCUUCCUACUGGCAGAAGGGAUUUGUGUAA